AUGGGCAUUCCCGCACUGUUCCGUUGGUUGAGCAAGAAAUAUCCGAAAAUUGUAUCAUCUGUCAUUGAAGCUGAGGAGGAAGUUCUCGAUGCAGCUGGAGAUCCUAUCAAACUUUCCGUUGACAUCACACAACCUAACCCCAAUGGUGAGGAAUUCGACAGCUUAUACCUGGAUAUGAACGGUAUCGUUCAUCCUUGUACUCAUCCCGAGGGCAAACCGGCUCCCGAAACGGAGGAGGAAAUGAUGCUUGAAAUUUUCAAAUACACUAACAGAGUGGUUAACAUGGUACGGCCGCGCAAACUUCUUUUCAUGGCUAUUGAUGGCGUUGCACCUCGUGCCAAGAUGAAUGAACAGCGAGGUAGACGGUUCAGGACUGCUCAAGUAGCAAAAGACAAGGCGGAAGCUCAUAAACUUGCUGUCGCUGAGUGGGAAGCUAUGGGUAAAAUUAUUACUGAUGACGAGAAAAAGAAGGAAUCUUGGGACUCUAACGCUAUCACACCCGGUACGCCGUUUAUGAACCUUUUAACAGCAUCGCUACGGUACUGGGUUGUGGAGAAGAUGAAUGCCGAUCCAGGGUGGAAAGACCUGCAAGUCAUUAUCUCGGAUGCAAGUGUGCCUGGAGAAGGAGAGCAUAAGAUUAUGGACUUCAUACGCAGACAACGCACAAAUCCCGGUCAUGAGCCUAAUACUCGACACGUAAUUUAUGGUUUGGAUGCUGAUUUCAUCAUGCUCGCCCUCGCGACCCAUGAACCAUAUUUCCGAGACAAAGGUUCCGGGUGCCGAAUGUGUGGACAAGAAGGUCACUAUGCCGCUCAAUGUACAGCACUGAAAUCAGAGAUUGAAAAGCCUCCUCCACCGGAAAAAAAACCGUUCAUUUUCCUCGAUAUCGCCAUUCUGCGCGAGUAUCUGGAAUCCGAGUUGAAUGUGAACAAUACGCCCUUCCCUUUUGAUUUGGAACAGGCUAUUGAUGACUGGGUGUUACUGAUAUUCUUUGUCGGCAACGAUUUCUUGCCGCAUUUGCCGUCACUUGAGAUUCGCGAAGGAGCGAUUGAUACUCUCUUGAGGAUCUGGAAGAUGGAGUUGCCCAGAAUGGGUGGAUAUCUGACGAACCACGGUCAACUAGUGCUUAGUCGUGUGCAGAUUAUAUUAGAGGGACUGGCACGACGAGAAGAUGAGAUUUCCUUCGCCGUUCCGUCUGCGAAACUUGGUCUGACUGCAUCCACUACAUCAUUAUCAUCUCUUCCUCAACGUGCAGAUAAUGCUUUUGCUGCCAAGGCCGACUCUAUUGGUCUCGGAGCGCCGCGUAAUGCUCAGUCUCUUGAAGUCGCUCCAGUUUCAGCGCAAGCACUGGCUGGUUCGAAUCGUGAUGUAGUUGCCAAUCGAGCUGCUAUACGGAUGGCGAACAUGAGUGCUGCAGAGAUGCUCAAGGCUGAGCUAUCUGGACUCAUUCCUGUGAAACAAAGUGCUUCUGCUCCUAAACCUGAGCCGGUUGUUCCUACUCCUCCACCCAAAACAGACGCUGAGCUUAUGGAUGGCGGAGAUAUUCCGACACUUGAAUUUGUCGAUGAUGGGGCUGCUGAUGAGCCUGUAACACCUGUCGCUGGUGUCAAGCGGAAGCUCGAAGAUAUCGAGGGAGAGGAUACCGAUGACGUGGCUGGCAUUGAUGAGGAGUCGUCUGAAGAUAACGAAGAUGCGUCUUACGCCCUGGUAGUCAGGCCGAUGGCUCAGUUGAGCAGGCCGAUAACAUUGUAUGAACCCGGGUAUAAGAAGCGAUACUAUCAGCAAAAGUUUGGCAUAUCAGAAAAUGAUAAUGAUUUCGUAGAAAGUGGGCACUUUUGUUAUCGAUUUCUGCACAAACUGGCUGACUCUGCUGUGCAAAGGCUAACAAAGCACUAUGUAGAAGGUAUCGCGUGGGUUCUGCAUUACUACUGUCAAGGGAACCCCUCAUGGCAAUGGUAUUAUCCAUAUCAUUUUGCACCUUUCGCGUCGGACUUCGAAGGUUUGGAAAACAUGCAAAUCGACUUUACUCUCGGACAGCCAUUCAAACCGUACGAGCAACUUAUGGGUGUUUUUCCCCCUGCUAGUCGCAAGCACAUACCUGAAGUCUUCCACGAUCUCAUGACAAACGAAGAAUCUCCGAUUCAUGAUUUCUACCCAUCGACUUUCCAGAUCGAUAUGAAUGGGAAGAAGAUGUCUGGCAAGGGAUUGUAUGGUAAGCGCAAGGAGAAAGAGCCCCAACCCAUGCCUACCAACCUGUCCAAGGGCAUUAGCGGUAAUAUCAAAAAUGAUCGUUGUCUCUCCGCGUUAUACUUCUUCCCAAAGCAACUCUCUCCCCAUCGAUCGAUGUUUCUUCCAGGUUAUAAACCUGCGAGACAGCUCACUGGCGAGGAUCUAGCUCGGAGGGGCCGAGGACAUGGCAGAGGGGGCGGUAUGGAUCGCGGCGGUCGCGGACGAGGUGGUUCUACGUCCUUAUUAACCGCUCAUCAACCGUAUGGCCGUGGAGGCUACUCUGGUGGGUACGGUGGCAGCAGUGGAGGGUAUGGUGGACAGCGAACAGUGGUACGGGGGCUACGGUGGCAGGCAAGCCGAGGUGGCUAUGGUGGUUCAGGAGGACAAGACAACAGCGGCAGUUACAUGGGUUAUGGAAACCAGAAUGGCGGACAGGCUCGUGGUGGCUAUGGAGGUGGCUACAAUGGAGGAGGUUACAGAACCUUCGAGGGGCCGAGCCGAGGAUUCUAG